CUCGUCCCUCGUCCCUCGUCCCAGCUCCUGAUCCUCGCUCCUGGCUGCUGCUCCGUCGCUGCGCCUGCAUUCACUAGGCCUGGGGGAGCGGCGCGGCUUUCUUGUCUCAAGAGCUUGGCGUCCGCGCGGCGCUCCGGAGCAAUUGGCGCGUCGGUGUCCGCGGCGACAUCGGCGCCAGAGAAGUCGAGGAGUUCUCCCGGGCUACCCAGCGGCGGGGUGGCGAGUCCUCGCCGACCUCUUUCGUCACCUCCAGGAAGGCCAUUCUACAGCGUCACUGAGAACUCACCUUGUUUCUGCAGCACGGAAUGCUCGGCUGGACUCCAAUGUGCAGCAAUGGAUGAUGACAAUCUGGACAAGCUCAUGGCCCAAAGCCCAGAGCCAGAUGGAUGCCCCCGUGUUGGCGCUACAGACCUGGCCAACAGUUCUGAAGAGAGCAGCGAUGGUCAAAGCGGGUAUUCUGAGGAUGAGACGGGCAGUGAGCACGGAGAGGACACAGACGGAGAGGACGAGGAGGGGUCAUCUGAGGAGGAAGACCCAGGCGAUAGAUCUGGUUCUGAAGAUUCUGAAGAUGAAGUAGAAGCUUCAAAGGCAGCUGAGGAUCCUCAGGGGAAGCUGGAAGCUGGUGGCAUACUCACUUCUGAUGAAGAUGCAGAGAGCUGCCCAAUUUGUCUCAAUGUGUUCAGAGACCAGGCUGUGGGCACACCGGAGACCUGCACCCACUACUUCUGCCUGGACUGCAUCGUCGAAUGGUCCAAGAAUGCAAACUCUUGUCCAGUUGAUCGAACGAUAUUUAAAUGUAUUUGUAUUCGAGCUCAGUUCGGUGGUAAAAUCUUAAAGAAGAUGCCAGUGGAGAACACCAGAGCCUUCGAGGAGGAGGAGGAGGAGGACCCCACCUUCUGUGAGGUGUGCAGCAGGAGUGACCAUGAGGACCGCCUCCUACUCUGUGAUGGCUGUGAUGCAGGGUACCACAUGGAGUGCCUGGACCCCCCCCUGCAGGAGGUGCCCGUGGACGAGUGGUUCUGUCCAGAGUGUGCCACGCCGGGCACUGGCCCUGCUGCUGAUGUGACUCCUGUGAGUGAGGAGGAAGUCUCCCUGCUCCUGGCCAACGUGGUGCCCACCACCAGCAGGCUGCAGCCCCGCAUGGGCCGGAUCCGUGCCAUUGCCAGGACCAGGCAAAGUGAGAGAGUGAGGGCGACAGUGAACCGGAACCGGAUAUCCACAGCCAGGAGGGUUCAGCAUGUGCCAAGGUACCUGAUGUCCUCCUUGCUGGAUGAGACCAUUGAAGCGGUGGCAACUGGUCUGAGCACGGCCGUGUACCGACGCCCCCUGACACCUUGGACCCCCACCAGAAGGAAAAGGAAGACAGGAAGACGGAAGAAAGCGCCAGGAAGAAAGAAAACCCAGGCAAGGUCAUCUGGGAAAAGUAAGAGCAUAGGUACAAGAUCCAAGAAACGGCAGCAUCGCACGAAGAAGAGGACAGGGAAGAAGAUGAAGAGGGAAGUCACAGCUCGCUCUCGUAUCGCUCGGACACUGGGCCUCCGCCGGCCAGCCCAGGGCAGCUGCAUGCCCUCUGUGUGCCGGCCUGCGGACCCUUCCCUAGGACUGAUGCGGGCGGAUAUCGGAGCAGCAGCUCUUUCGCUGUUCGGGGACCCCUACGAGCUGGACCCCUUUGACAGCACUGAGGAGCUGUCUGCAGACCCACCUUCUCCUCUGAGGGCCAAGAGGAGGACUCUGUCCCGCUCAGCCCUGCAGUCUCACCAGCCCGUGGCCAGGCCCGUCUCCGUGGGGCUCUCAGGGAGGCAGCUCCCCACUGCGGUCCCAGAGCCAGCCGUGGAGGGAGCCCCUGUCCCUGACCUGCUGGGCAGCAUCCUGUCGAGCCAGAGCCUCCUGAUGAUGAGCAGUGCCGACAUCGUCAUCCACCGAGACGGCUCCCUGAGCGCCAAGCGGGCAGCUCCAGUCUCUCUUCAGCGAAAGCCAGGGCGUCUGUCCAGAAGGGAAGAAGCAUCCAGGCUUGGGGAUGGCCUGCAGCCUAGAGUGGCCCCCUCCGGGAGCCCAGCUGGGAGACUCAGGGAAGACCAGCUGCAGGGCCCUGGGCUGAGCUGUGGGAGCGGGCCUACUCUUCCUCGUGUCUCUGCCCUCAUGGACCCCCCUAUGAAGCAGGACUUGCCACCAGCACCUGGGUCUGGUCAGCCUCAGAGCCUGGCAGAUGGCAGUGGGCCUGGCCCACAGCAGAGUGGUGCGCCCCAGUGUAAUGGCAUCAGUAGUCAGACUGUGUCUCUUGGGUCUGCCUCAGCUAAGUGCUCCAGCAGCCAUUCUAACUCUCCACCUAAAAGGGCAGCCCCAGGACAGGCCCCGCAACCAGCUCCCAGGAGAGCUGACAUCUCAGAGCUGCCCAGGAUACCAAAGAUCCGAAGGGAGGGUGGUGGCAGCAAACAGGACACAGCCCCAGCCCACAGACAGAGCAUUGAGAUCCCCAGCACCUGCAUCAGCCGCCUGACAGGCAGGGAGGGCCCUGGGCAGCCGGGGCAAGGCCGGGCAGAGGGCGAGCCCAGCAGCAGGGGUCCCCAGGAGCCCAGCUCCCACACAGGCACCUCCCGGCCUCCCGCCCGCAGCUCUCACGGCAGCCUGGCCCCACUGGGGACUUCGAGAGGGAAGGGUAUUGGGUCAACCUUUGAGAGCUUCCGGAUCAACAUCCCGGGAAACACAGCCCAGUGCAACCGGCUUUCUAGCCCUGGUUUCUGUAACACCUUCCGGCCUGUUGACAGCAAGGUACAGAGGAAGGAGAGCCCUUCACCCCUCUUCUCCAUCAAGAAGACCAAGCAGCUCAAGAGUGAGAUCUAUGAUCCCUUUGACCCCACAGGCUCCGACUCGAGCCCUCCCAGCAGCAGCCCCGAGAGUCUCGGGCCUGGCCUGCUGCCUUCUGAGAUUACAAGAACCAUCUCCAUUCACAGCCCCAAGGCCCCUGCGUUUCAGGCUGUGCGCUGUGUCACCUCCUACACUGUGGAAGGCGUCUUCAGGGAGGAGCCUGAGUCCCCCGGUGAGACUGCGUCUCAAGCGUGCAAGCUCCGGGCCAAGGGGGCUGCCGAGGGCGCCUCUGCCAUAGAGCGAGAGGGGCUGGGGGAGGAGCGGCCCAUGGAGAGCCAGGGCCUGGCGCCCCGGGGACAGAAGCCAUCCCUGCUGGACCCUUGGGACGAUGAGGACGAGGCGUCCCACAGUGCUUUCUUCAGCUCUGAGGAGCGGACAGUGACCUGUGUGACUGUUGUGGAGCCAGACAGCCCACCUAGCCCAGAUGCCCCGCAGGCCACCACCCACAGGAUCGUGGAGCUGCGGGCCCCCUCCCGCUCCCACUCCCGCUCCAGCUCCCGGGGCAGGAAGAGAACCAAGAAGAAAAGGGCCAGGGAGCAUCGGAGGUCACGCUCCGGGACACGCUCAGGCUCCAGGGACAGGGCCUCGCACUCUGUGUCGCCAGCAGUGGAUGAGCACUCCAGGAGGCACCGGGCCAAGGCCAAAGGCCGGAGGUCCUCCAGUGACCGAGCCAGCAGCCAGGAGAGAGUGAAGCGGAGGAAGACCAAGGACCGGGGUAGGGAUCAGAGAUGGAGCUCGUGGAGCCGGGACCGGAGGAAUUCCAGGUCACGCUCGGGCAGCCUGGGCAGCUCCUCCUGUGAGCGCCGUGAGAGCAGAAGGAAGAAGAGGCACCAUUCAAGGUCCCGGUCUCGAGGGCGGGACUGCUCCCCCCUUAGCAGCCUGGAAAGGGCCCGGCGGCACAAGCGCCCACGGGAGAGGAGCCGUGAGCAACUGGACAAGAAGGAGAGCGUAGCCCAGCCUCGAGAGAGGAGGAAGUGGAUGUCACGCUCACCCAGCUCUGAGCACAGGGCGCGGGAGCCCCAGUGGCUGAGUGCCCAUGAGACGCAGCCCCUCUCCCCAGAGAAGAAGGGGACUUUGAAGGAACCCUCCCCAGUGCCCCCUUCCCAAGAGCACCCAAGGCAGGAUGGAGACCACCAGGGUGGGCCGCCAGCCCUUGCAGAGAUGUGCAUCACACCCGAGGUGGCCCAGGCUGAGCAGGCCCUCCCGCCUACCCCCGUUCCUGUCCCCGUCCCUGCCCCUGAGGUGCUGGCCCAGUGUGCACCUGAGGACCUGGAUUAUGGUGACUCCGUUGAGGCGGGCCACAUCUUUGAGGACCUUUCAAGUGAAGCUGUCUUCAUGCAGUUGGAUGACAUGAGCUCACCUCCUUCCCCAGAGAGUACAGACUCCUCCCCAGAGCGGUCCCUUCCGUCAAACCCCACAUUGCCUCAGACUGGCCUGCCACAUGAUGCCACCCUAUCCACCAUCCAGAGGGACAUGUCGCUGAUCCAUGCUGAAGGCAUUUCGCAGCCCCCAUUCCAGCCAGAGGGUCUUCCAGGGCAGCACCCACCCAGGCAGGACAUGGCAGAGAUGGCUGCCACAGUUCCUGGCCCCCUGGCUGUGCUGCCCCAGGGCCUGGAUGGCCCCUUGGUGAGCGGGAAGGCUCCUGAGGCAGCCAGGGCUGAGGAGGCAGGGGGACAGGCACCACUGCUGCGGUCCCGAGCCCUGGUGAAGAGGGUCACCUGGAACCUUCAGGAGGCUGAGGGCAGUGCCCUGGCCCUGAACAGGGUCCCAAGGACACCACUUCACAAGCCACAGAAGUCCUGGGAAGAAGCCUGGGACCCUGAGGACGGGACCCCUGUGGGGGCCAAGCAUGCACUGUUCUCUGAGACACCACCUUCUGGCCAGGUGCUUCUGGAGCCCGGGUUCCCUGGCAUGGAUCCCUCUCAGGUUUACAGCCCCAACAUGCUUCCUCCCCCGGCUCAGCCCCCUGGUGUCCCACCCUAUGUGCUGGUCAGCCAACCUUCGGUCCAGUUCCUCCUGCAGGGCAGUGUGCCCUUGGUGAGCUGUGGACCAGCACAGAGCUUGACCCCAGCGCCCACCGUGCUGGCCACAGCCUCAGAGCCGGCCAGCCAGGCCACGACCACCGCCACCGCCACCACCAACUCAGAGGAGAAAACCACCAUUCCCAGGCCGGCUGCAGAAAAGACCAAGAAGGAGGAGUACAUGAAGAAGCUGCAUGUGCAGGAGCGGGCAGUAGAGGAGGUGAAGCUGGCCAUCAAGCCCUUCUACCAGAAGCGGGAGGUGACCAAGGAGGAGUACAAGGACAUCCUGCGCAAAGCCGUGCAAAAGAUCUGCCACAGCAGGAGUGGCGAGAUCAACCCUGUGAAGGUGGCCAACCUGGUGAAGGCCUACGUGGACAAGUACAGGCACAUGCGCCGGCACCGGAAGGCGGAGGCCUCUGAGGAACCACCUGCCCCAGGGGCCGAGGCCUGAGAAGUCUGUCUUGCUUCCCAGCCCGUGCCACAGAGCUGGAGUACCAGCCUUCUGCCCGUGGGCUCCUGGGAUGGCGUCUGCACCUGUCUCGCUCAGUUUAAAACUGGACUUUUUUUACAUGUACAUUAUAGAUACAUUGUUUCCAUCGUGUUCUAAUUUAUCAAAAAUUACUUAUCUUUAGAAACCG